GAAAUAACCGUCUGGAGAUACACAUCAGAUCCCGAAUAUCUUGCUUGGCAUGCCACGUCGUUCUGGAGUGCAGACGCGGACUGAAGAAGGACUUCUGGUUUGGUGCAAUUACAUUGUCGCAGUCUGUGGGAAACGAACUGAAAGCUUUCUAGUUGCUCUUUCAUCAUGGUUCACACUCGAUCAGUUUGAGCUGGUCCCAACUAUGUUCCCUCCUGUUGACCAUGCAGAAGGAGGAGAUGAAAACCAACCUCAUACCUCAGCUCACAAUUCAACUUCCACUGCCAACCAAGACGUAGUGGCAACUCAGCUUGUUGCCAUGCAACAGCAGUUCGGUGUUUUUCAGUUGGUACUGGCUCAGCUUUUAGCUAGAAACAAUCCUGGUCAAUUCCACAUAGCACCUGCUCAACAACCCCUCCCUGAUGAUGUCACUCGACGCCUUGAUAGCUUAGAAAAGCUAGUAGCUGAACACCGAGGUGCUCCACCCCCACACCAUGCUGCUGACUCCAUACCUCACCCCCUAAACACCAACAUUACACUGGAACCCUAUCCUGCCGGCUUCAAAAUACCACAACUAGAGACUUACGACGAGACAAAGGAUCCUGAUGAUCAUCUGCAUGCUUUCUACUCUUGUAUGCAAGCUCAAAAUGCCUCUGACGCGUUGAUGUGUAAAAUCUUCCCCUCUACUCUCCGAGGUAAUGCUCGAACUUGGUAUUAUAGUUUACCUCCGAGGUCAAUUAGCUUUUAUACAGAAAUGGCAUCUACCUUUGUCACUAAGUUUUCCAAUAGAAGGUUGAUUAGGAAAACUACUUCUGAGCUGAUGCGAGUUAAACAGAGAGAUGGAAAAUCUCUGAAAAACUAUAUGAGCAGGUUCAAUGAUGCAGUAUUGGAGGUUAGUUCCUUUGAUCAAGCUGUGGGGAUUGCAGCUAUGAUCUCCAGUCUUAAACAUAACAAGUUCAGAGACAGUUUGAUCAAACAUGCUGCCACCACCUUUAGCGAGGUGAACGACAGGUCUCUGAAAUUUAUAACCAUUGAGGAAUACGCCCUGGCGCAAAACCCAUCUCUUUCUAAGAACCAGAACCCAGAAUGGAGAGAUGACAAUCCGAGCCGGAAAAGGAUGAGGAUGGCGCAGAAUCGAGGUCCGAUGUUGAUCUCCCCACCGAAAUUCGGAAGGCCGAGCUCAACACCCCCGCAACAAUCUGUAGGUAAACCUCUAGUUAAUUGGACUACCUUUAAUCUGCCAAGGUCACAAAUUUUUAUGCAGAUCAAGAAUAAGAUGGAUUUAAGGUGUCCUGGCCCCAUGAAGACUGCUCCUACUAGUCGAGAUCAUACCAGAUAUUGUGAUUUCCAUCAAGAUCACGGUCAUACUACAGAACAGUGCAACAGUUUAAGAUUCGAACUGGAAAGUCUAGCUCAGAAGGGGAUGUUGAAUGAAUACAUUCAGAGAGCUGAACAGCCGAGGUUUGUCAGAGAACAGAGGCCACGGCCUCAAGGAGCUCGUAACCCACCAAAUAGGCAAGGUGGAUUGAGCUCUAAACAGCGAAAGUUGUAUGUUAGAGAGGUUAAGCAUCAGAACCGAGCUCAGAAACGGAAGUUUGACGAUGCUAAGUGGAAGAACCAACCCAUUACUUUCACAUCUGUUGAUCUCGAUACAGUUGUUACACCCCACAAUGAUCCCCUGGUCACUUUUGUCAUGGUUAACAACUGUGAAGUACAACGUGUCCUUGUUGACACUGAGAGUGCACCAGACAUCAUGUACUUCCACUGUUUCGAGAGUCUUGGGCUCGAUCCGGCAUUGUUGCAGAAAUAUGAUGGUCCCAUCUAUGGUUUUAACAACCAACCUGUUCUAGUAGAAGAAGUUCUCACCCUCCAUGUGGCUUUUGGGAGUGGUUGGAUCUACGUGACCCCUUUAGUCCGGUUCCUCGUCGUCAAGAUGGCGUCCUCUUUCAACAUUGUUAUUGGCCGACCCACAUUGACUAAAAUCCGCGCUGUGGUUUCACAAUCUCACCUCUGCAUGAAGUUCCCAACUCCUAUGGGAAUAGCAACACUACGAGGAAACCAGGAGGUGGCCAGACAUUGCUAUAUCACCUCGGUAACACAACCAACGAAGGGCAAAGAUCAGACACCCGAGGCCAUCCCCCACACCAAUCCAUUGAAGAAACCAGUGGCCCAGAAGCGACGUCUCUUCGGGGGGGAGAGGCUUCAGGCUAUUAAAGAAGAGGUAGAAAAACUUCUACAAGCUGGUUUCGUCAGGAAAGUUGAUUACUGCGAAUGGGUGGCUAACCCAGUCUUGGUGAAGAAGGCAAACGGUAAAUGGCGAAUGUGCAUUGAUUACACAAAUCUUAACCAAGCCUGCCCCAAGGAUUGCUAUCUGAUGCCGAGCAUUGACAAGUUAGUUGAAGCGGCUUCAGGCAAUCAGAGGUUAAGCCUCUUGGACGCAUAUUCUGGGUAUCACCAGGUGCCGAUGGCUCUUGAAGACGAAGAGAAAACCUCGUUCUAUGCUGGCGAUGAAAUCUAUUGCUAUGUCAUGAUGCCGUUUGGCUUAAAGAAUGCUGGUGCUACUUAUCAGAAAAUGUCUGGAAAGUUUCUAGGUUUCAUGGUGUCCCGAAGAGGGAUUGAGGUCAAUCCAGAGAAGAUCAGAGCAAUUGCCGAGAUGGAACCGCCAAAAUCAAUAAAAGAUAUACAGAGGUUGACCGGAAGGGUGGCAGCUCUUCAUCGGUUCAUAUCGAAGUCAGUAGAUAAGUGCCUGCCAUUCUUCAAGAUUAUGAGGUCAACCGCCCAGAAGGAUGAAUCAGGAAAACAGAAGAAAUUUGAAUGGAGUCAAGAAUGCCAAACUGCAUACGACGAGUUAAAGUCUUAUCUUAGCUCGCCACCUCUACUGACUAAGGCUAUAGAUGGGGAGAUUCUUUAUUUUGUACUGCACGGAGCAGAGCUGAGGUAUCCUAUAGUUGAGAAAGCAGCAUUAGCAGUUGUCACUUCGGCCAGGAAGUUGAGGCCAUAUUUCCAGUCACACCCAAUUAUCGUUCUCACAGAUCAACCUCUCCUGCAGAUUCUGCAGAAACCAGAGUGCUUUGGAAGAUUAAUUAAGUGGGCAGUAGAACUGGGGGAGUUCGAGAUAACGUUUCAGCAGAGAUCGGUAAUCCGAGCUCAAGCACUAGCAGAUUUCAGUGUCGAAUGCACCCCAUGUCCCUCAACCUCUAAUCCAGAGCCCAACGACUGGACCUUAUAUGUUGACGGGGCAUCUAGCAGCAAAGGUUCAGGAGCAGGCGCUCUCUUGAUUAGUCCAGAGGGUUAUCGUAGCGAACAUGCUUUGAAAUUCAACUUUGAUGCAACAAAUAACAUGGCUGAAUAUGAAGCUCUGCUACUUGGCCUACAGCUAGCUUUGGAGUUAAAAAUCAGCGUAAUUCAAGUAUACAUUGACUCCCAAUUGGUAGUAAACCAAAUCAACUCAAUCUGCGAAGUCGUUGAUCCUGUGAUGGUGAAAUAUGCAACCUUGGUGGCCGAGCUGAAAUGCAAAUUCCAGAAAUUCUGUCUAAGCAAAAUCCCCCGAGCUGAGAAUGAACAGGCAUAUUCACUCUCCAAGUUUGCCUCUGAUAGCUCUUUAAGUUCCAGAUCCGUUUUUGUAGAGGUCUUAGAUGAACCAAGCUUCAUGAAGCCUUGGGUGAUGGAGAUUAGCACAAACCCUGACACGCCGAGCUGGACUGAUUCAAUCAUCUCCUUUUUGCGAGAUGGGAUAGUACCUGAGGACAGGCAGGAGGCAAUGAAGUUGAGGAAGAAAGCAUCUCGGUAUACACUCGUUGACGGGGUCCUGUAUAAGAGAUCUUUCUCACUUCCUCUUCUAUGGUGUUUAAACUCCUAUGAAGCUGAAUAUGCACUUCGAGAGGUGCAUGAAGGUGUCUGUGGGAGCCAUGUUGGUGCUAGGACUCUAGCUCACAAAGUCUUAAGGCAAGGAUAUUACUGGCCAAACAUGCAUAAAGAUGCCACUUACUUUGUUCAGAAAUGCCCGAAAUGUCAAUUCUUUGCACAUUUGACUCAUCAACCAGCAGAGGAGCUCACGAACUUGGUAGCACCAUGGCCAUUUGCUCAGUGGGGGCUGGAUCUUUUAGGCCCGUUCGUGAAAGCGGUUGUUGGUGUAACCCAUCUGGUUGUUGGUGUGGAUUAUUUCACAAAGUGGGUUGAAGCUCGGCCAUUAUCUAGUCUUACCUCCAAGAAGUUACAGUUCACCUCCGUUUACCAUCUGGAGUCCAAUGGCAUGGUUGAAUCUGUUAACAAAUGCAUUUUAGAAGGUAUAAAGCCGAGAUUGGAACAGCAUAAGGCCAAAUGGGCAGAUGAGCUCAACAACGUCCUCUGGGCAUACAGAACCACGAACCGAACUGCCACAGGUGAAACACCCUAUCAUCUCGCCUUCGGUACCGAAGCAGUCAUUCCUAUUGAAAUAGGAGUCCCAAGCUUUCGGGUCACCCAUUUUGAUGAAGGACGAAAUGGACAACUGCUUCGGGAAAACCUUGAUCUGCUUGCUAAAGUUAGAGAAGAAGCUCGACUUCGAACUCUUGGUUUGAAACUCGUUUUGUCAAACUUGCCCCGAAUUGGGAAGGCCCUUAUACCGUGGCCGAGGUGCCACAUCCUGGUGCCUAUGUCCUCCAAGACGCUGAAGGAAAAAGAGUUCCUAGAGUCUGGAAUGUCAAUAACUUGAAGAAAUUUUACCCUUAAUGAAAUUCUUUCAAGUGAUCUAUGUCUUAUUGUUCUUUAUGCUUCUCACUUCGUGUUUAGAUUGAUUUUACCUCUUAUUCUAUGAAUCUGAGGUCAAUCAGUCCAUUCAUUCCUUGAACCUCACUUUUGAUUAAUGAAUGUCACUUUACAUA